GUAGCUUUAUAUACGUGGGAUAGUCUCUCCUCCGAGGGUUCACCGCCAGCCCUGUUUCGCUCCUUUGUUAGACAUAUCCCCCCCCUUUUUCCCCCUUACCCAGGGCAUAGUUUCUCGUAGCAAAAAAAAAAAAGAGUAGUAAGACAUGUCGAUGCCAAACAGACCCUUGGAGGUUUCGUUUUCGAACCCCGUGGUCGGUGCUAGGGAUGACCCGUCCAGACGAGAGAUGGUCGAGACGAGUUGGCUGAGAUACGCAACUGAUACGGACGACUCGGACGGCACGAUCCAGGCUCCUCCGAGAGAGUACGAAGAAUAUGCUGAAGAUGGCCGGUACGAAGAGCCGCACCGGAGCGCCGGGUUCUGGGAUCCGAGGAUGGAUAAGGUCCGGCGAGAGGUCGUCACUAACUGGCUUCGGACGCCGGUGCUGUCCAUGUACUGGGGAGUGCUCACGCACAUCGACGGCAACCUCCACAAGCUAGUAAUCUACGUGGUCGACUUCGACGGGCAGGUGGCGCCGUACGACGACGUGACGCCGCUCGUGGGACCGGCAGUGGCGGAGGUCGCGCAGCAGGUCAUUGAUUCGCCGGUGAGGCGGAAGCUGGGGUACACCAUCGUGCCACCCGACGAGUUCGGCUACGAUCCGAUUGCUGUGCGGCAGGCCGUGUACGACUGGCACUGCUGGGCGGCUAUUAUCGUCAACCCGAACGCCACCGCCUUGUUACAGGAGGCUGUCGCAACGGGAAACUCGUCCUACGACCCCACGGGUGCCAUUCAGUUCAUCACCCAGUCCGCGAGACAGGAGACUACCACCAUCAACUACAUCGUUCCACUGAUGAAUGCCCUCGCUGCUCAGUUCGCAGCACGGUUCGGCCCGACGUGGACCCAAACUGUCAUGUCGAAUUCGUCGCUCGAUAGGGAUGUGAUUGCUCAAGCACCCGCGGCCCUGAGUCCAGGUGUCACGCCCUUGUCCAUCGACCUGCGACCUUUCGGCCCGGCUACCGCUACACCCACGGUCAGCAUCGGUCUGAUUUACCUCAUCAUCGUCGCCUUCUUCUCCUUCACCUUCUUCCUGCCCAUCCACAUGCAAUUCAUCAUUCCAAAGGGCCACCCGCCACUACGCUUCUGGCAGCUCAUACUCUGGCGCAUCUGCGCGACGAUAAUGACGUACUUCUUGGUGUCGCUCAUCUACUCGUUCGUGUCCCUCGCCUUUCAGAUUCCCUUCACGAAUCCGCCGGCGUCGCCUACCGAGCCGGCGAUUAAUCCCACGGCGUACGGGCGAGGUUCAUUUGCCGUUUAUUGGAUGGUGAACUUCAUCGGCAUGUGUGCGCUGGGUCUCGCCUGCGAGAACAUGGGUAUAAUCAUCGGACAGCCUUGGACAGCCGGCUGGCUCAUCUUCUGGGUCAUCACCAACGUGUCAACGGCCUUCUACGCGAUCGAGCUAGCACCGGGCUUCUUCCGCUGGGGUUACGCCUGGCCCUUGCAUCACGUCGUGCAAGCGAGUCGGUCGAUUCUGUUCGACUUGCACUCGGAGAUCGGGCUGAACUUUGGGGUGUUGUUUGCGUGGGUCGCCAUCAACCUUGCCAUAUUCCCCAUCUGCUGCUACAUUGGACGGUGGAGGCAGGAGAACGGCCAGCGGAACGGCGAGAGGGCCGCCGAGUCGUACACCGUGUACGAUGCGCGGGCCGAGGGCCAAAAGAAGGUCGUUCCGAAGGAGAAGGGCGCGUUGCCGCCGGUUAGGAAGAGGGGAUUUAUGAGAGGUAUAUAAAUCAACCAGGUCAGGUAACCUAAUUCAAGGUAGAUUAGAGAAGCACAUAGUAUUGGCAUGGAUGUAUGCAUGUAUUGCAUUUCGAGCAUAGCUAGCGGGCGUUGGAUAGACAAGAAGCAUAAACUAGAAUAGAACAUCAGUAAUUGAGGAUUUUCACCCCUUCGAGGAAUCACAUGGCGGUAUCUAUGUAGCAGUUCUGUUCACAUGUAUGUAGAGUACCUAGGUAGGUUAGG